GCAUGCCUGACUGUCCUCCUUCAACUCUCUCCGCGCUUCCUUUGCAACCCUCCGGAAACCAUGGCGGGAGGCAACGCUGAGAAGGGACAGCGAUACAUCGCGUCUUUGGACCAGGCGCGGGCCCAAGGCAAAUGGGAUGAAGUACCUGAAUUGAUCCGGAAAGUGACCAAGCAUGCACCGCAUCGCACUUGUGUCAUUCAGACCGCGACAGCAGAAUCUCGAGUCGUAGCCUACCUCCAGCAGAAGACAUCCUCCGACUCUGUAUCGACACCCAACCUCCCCGAGCUGAUCCCGGCGCUAUUGACUACCAUCGAGAAUAAUGACGGGACCCCGGAAGAGAUCGUCCAGGCACAGGUCUGUCUAGGAUGGAUCCAUUGGGCCUUGAGUGAGCCAGCGCUGGCUGCAGGACGCCUACCCAAGGACUUCGCAACGACGGUGGAUGAAUUGGCCGCCGGAGGUCAGAUUCCGUCCGCCUGGACGGAGGUCUGCCUAGUCAAAGGAUGCUAUAUCAAGGGUGCCGCGCAAGCUACAGUUUCUGGAAUCGACGAGACAUUGGAGACUUUUGCCUCCUUGAUGCCCUGGCUGAGCGGCGGGAGAUUGGGCUCGCCCAACGCUCAAUUCCUAAGCUGGACUGAGACUUUGCUGUGUAAAGGUGCUAUAAUGGCCAGCGAGGAGGCACGCAACAGCUCCCCAUAUUCCGACCCCAGACAUGUGGAGAUUGCGCUCCGGUUGUUUCGGCUUUGGGCAGCUCUCCCCGCGGUGAAGCAAGGGUUGACUGCCUCCCAGCCUUCCCACCUAGACGCAUCCACCUCGCUCUCCCGAACCUCCAUAUGGAAGGCAUAUUAUGGAUUCCUGACGACUGUGCUUCAGAAUGGACUUGCUUACAUGGCUCCAAACGAUGGUCCAGACCGGCCUCAAUUAGCCAGUGAGUUGCGUCGCAUAGAGGCGAUUUGUGAAAACAAUCUUCUUCGGGAAGUUAAAUUCCCGACUGCCAGUUCCAGCAACUCUGAAGUCGAAGAAUGGGUGGAACAAGUCAUCGGCAAUUGGGAGGUCCUCUGUGGACCCCACUGGCAGGAUCAAGAUCUGGGCGAAGGAGGACAGAACACCGUGGGGCGCAAUGUUUUGGAUAUCCUGUAUCGUGCAGCAACCAAGACAUAUCAUUCCCACCUGAUUUUACGACGUCUGUUCCAUGUUCAUUCUGCCUUGGCGGACUUUGACCUUGCCUUUCAGGCACUCGACUCCUACAUCGAAAUUAUCACCGGCGCCAAGGAAAGAGCGGAGAAGGGCGCUGAGUAUGGUGAACUGGAAAAGGACGAAAUUUUCUUGCAAACUCUUUCCGAAGGUGUCACUUUGUUGAGCUGCCUCGGUUCCUUCGACGAGGCAGAGAAGGCUAAGGAUUUGACCGAAUUGAUCAGAAAGCAGCUGGAUAAGCAAGGGGCAACCGUACCAGAGGGUAAGGCCAAUGGAAAACUGCUGCUUACGCAAGGUCCGGGCUCUACCAUCUCAUCUGAGAUCCCUCCAGCGGUUCUGGCCACUGCUUACAGGGCAGUUGGAGUUGGACUUGCCAACUGGGCGAGCUUUACCCCGCAAAAUGAAGCAAGGGAUGAGAUUCGCGGAGAAGCUGUGGAUUACCUGUUGAAGAGUGUAUCACCUUCGCUGGGCAAGCAAAUGAGCUAUUCAUCUCUUUACACAUUGUCUCUUGUUCUUGCAGAGAACCGGGACCUUGACACUGCGAUUGACUAUGUCAAAUCCGCACUGACCUCUCAUGGUUGCUCCGAUACAUCUGAAGAUCUUUCAAGAGAACGGGAUCUUGUCCCAAUGUGGCACUUACUCGCUCUGCUGCUCAGCGCGAAGAAUGAGUUUGAUAUCGCCGAACGUUCCUGCGAAGCCGCCUUCGAGCAGUUCCCCCCAGAGGUGUUUGGUAAGACCCACCUUGACAAGAGAUCCGAGAGGCGUUCAUCAAGGCAUUCGUCGCACUCCAAGGAACGAGACUCUGGAUUCAAGCGAUCUCUCGUAAGCCGAUUGCAGGGCCGGGAGAAGGAGCGUAUACUUCAAACUCGCAUCACACAACUUGCCUUCGUCGAAGUGAUGGAGGGAUCCGAGGCUGCUGUCAACCAAAGUGGGCAAUUGUUGAGCCUUUUUGCCACACUCUUCAGUGAACUCAAUCUCGACAGCGACGGCACUAAACCCAAGACCGAACAUUUGGUACCACCCAAGAGCUCCGCCGGGACAGCUCGGAGCUUCCGCGGCAGCAUAUUCAGCCGCAAUCGAUCCUCUCACCUACCAGAUCGCCGGGCUGACCCCUCCAUGAGCUCUGUUCCAGCAGUGCCGCCACUUCCGAAUGGCAACACUACUGGAGCCGAAGCACCAGCCAUCCAGAUUACGGAUGAAGACCGGCCAGGGCAUCAAAGUCCAUCCUCACUCGGAAGGUCCGAUUCCAAGAGACUGAAGAAGCGCAGCAGCAGCUUCCAUAGACAUGAAAGGCCUCGAAUUGAGGAGCCUCCCCUACCGAACGGGACAGAGUCUCCAGAAACGGUGGGGAUCGCGGUUUCUGGAAACUCAUCCCCCAAUGCGACAUCCCAUCCUGCAAGUGGUCGACAGCCAUUGCCGCCAAUCGCGCAUAAUGUCAAUCACAGACAACAACCAGCACCAGCGGGUCAUGAACACAACCCACCAGUGCAGGAUACCCGACUUCCACCCCCUCACCGAUUCGAUUCUCCCACGCUCGCGACUACGAAGUUCUCCUACGCUCAGUCUCAGAAACACGCUCUUGGCCUGCUUGUCAAGAUCUGGCUCAUUAUUGCUGGUCUGUACCGCCGAGCAUCAUUGUUUGACGACGCCCGAGAGGCAUGCCAAGAGGCCUUUAAGCAAACCUCGCGGGUAGAAACUCUGACUGCAUCUUUCGAGUCCUCGGCUCGUGCUUUCAGCAAGCGCGGCUGGGAUAAUGCCAAGAGCUCCGAAGAGUUGUGGGCUGAUGUUUAUGCUGAACAAGGGCUGUUGGCCCAGAGUCAGUCAAGUCCCCAUCAGGCCAUGAAGCACUUCGAGGAUGCCCUUCUUCACUGUCCCGAUCAUCCGACCGCGACUAUUGCGCUGGCGAAUUUGCUGUUGGAUGUCUGGGAUCAGAAGCUGCCGUUGGAGCUCUCGAAUGCCGAUGUUGAUCUCAACAUAUCACGACUGUCGUUGUUGUCUAAUCUUCCAAAGCCCAAGGUGGCGAAUGCCAUCUCAAUCGAUGAGUUGAAGGGACCUGAUGUUGAGACACUGCCCAAAGCCGAGGCUUCCUCGUCACCGCAUGAUGUUGACCCCAAGCACCUGCACCGCUUGGCAGCCCGAGAUCGCGCAUACGGUCUGCUCUCGUCGCUGACCAAGCUUGGCAGUUCAUGGGACAAUUCAGAGGCUUGGUAUGCCUUGUCGCGAGCUUACGAGGCCGGCGAUCAGAUCGAUAAACUGAAGGACGUUCUAUGGUGGUGCGUUGAACUUGAAGAUCGCCGGCCCAUUCGGCACUGGUCCAAUAUUGGGUCCGGCUUGUAUGUUCUUUGAAAAUCUAAAGGCCAGAAAAUGGGAUUUGAUUUUAAUAUCUUCUUGUAUCUACUUUGAUUUCCCCCCUUUGCCACUCACGCUCGUGCUCACCCCCUGGCCCCUUUCAUCUUCCCUCGCUCGAGAUACCAUUUUCCACCACCUGCGGUUCGAGGGUUGUAAGCAUGUCCAGACUUUUUAUAGCCAGAGAUUUAAAGUAUAUGGA